CUCGAGUGACCCCUCUAUAACAUACCCUCAUCUAUUAAAAGACCGAAUCUCUCAGGAUCCGCACCCCUCGUCUCCCGUCUUCCCUACACACGGAUCCAUAAGUGCCUUCUUCAGUCUCAACUGUUCGUCUCCAACAACAAAGACAAGUCUCAUACCACGCGAACACUUCUACUCAGACACCAAAUCAUUUCCAUCAGUCAACAACAUACGACAGCUGUGUCCACACGAAACCACCUCAAUCAACAACACCACACAUCACAUACAAACAGCCGUCACAAUGGAGAGGACACCAUCAUACACCAUCACCGAGCCCCACCCCACGGUGGUGCAAAACACCUACACCAAGGCUGGCCGCGGCGGUGCCGGUAACUUCUUCCGUGCUCCCAAGACCACCCCUUCGACCGGCGUUCCCACCAAGGUCACACCAUCAGCACAACCCAGCGCUCCCGCCCGUUUCUACUCGGGUCGCGGUGGCGCUGGCAACGCCCACACCUACACCCAGCGCCCUACCCUUUCUUUCGACGAGGAGUACCAGAGGGCCGAGGUCCGCGAGAAGGCUGCCACCAUGGGCUACGUCGGGCGAGGCGGUGCCGGCAACAUCUUCAGCACCGUCAGUGACAAGCUCAGCAUCCGCUCCGAGAGCAGCUCCAGGAGCAGGCAUCGCCGCGACUCCGUCAGCACCACCGAAAGCCACCGCUCUGGUUUUUGGAGGACGCUGAGCAACCUUGCCCACAAGGGUUAGGAGCCCCGCUCCGACAAAAGAAGCAGGAGGACCCUUUACGAGUGGCGCCUGUCA